AACGCUUCUAGUUUUUAACCAGUCACAGCAAUUCAUUCGAAGCUACCCAUCGCGCAUACUGUCAGGAAGAGUCGAGAUUUUUGAAACGACCGAAUCGCCACCCCCUUCCCCUCUGAGCAUGGCUGCAGACCUGAUGGAAAUUGACGACUCACUGUACAGCCGGCAGCGGUAUGUGCUUGGAGACAGUGCUAUGCACCAGAUGGCCCAGUCCUCAGUCUUUCUCAGUGGAAUGGGAGCACUGGGAGUAGAGAUAGCAAAGAACAUAGUCCUGGCUGGCGUGAAGUCUGUUACUCUUCACGACACCAAGAAUUGUGAGACAUGGGAUCUGGGAUGCAACUUCUUUAUCCACAAUGAGGAUGUUCUGAGCCAUAGAAGCAGGGUGGAGGCAGUGUGUCCUCGGGUUGCUGAUUUAAACCCAUAUGUCCAAGUUGACAUGUCCUCAUUGCCUGUGGACGACAACACUGAUCUAAGUUUUCUCAGAAAGUAUCAAUGUGUGAUUUUGACAGAGGCCAGUUUGAACCUACAGAAGAGAAUAAAUACAUUCUGCCACUCACAGCAGCCCCCCAUCAGAUUCAUCGGCUGUGACGCUUACGGCAUCUGUGCACGCAUUUUUUGUGACUUUGGUGAAACGUUCGAGGUGUCUGAUCCCACAGGAGAAGAGCCCAAAGAAAUUUUUAUCCAAAGUAUCACUCAGAACAAUCCUGGGAUUGUAACCUGCAUGGACAACCGCCCCCAUGGCUUACAGACAGGUCACAAUGUGAUCUUCAGAGAGGUCCAUGGGAUGGUAGCGCUCAACGGGACUGUACGCCAGGUCACAGUACUUUCCCCUCACAGCUUUGAAAUAGGAGAUACAUCAGAACUUCAGCCCUAUGCACAUGGAGGUUUCUUUGUAAUGGUGAAAACCCCUACAACAUAUUCUUUUGAAACAUUAGAGCGACAGCUUUGUAAUCCUCAGGUUCUGAUUCCAGACUUCAGUAAACCAGAGGCUCCUCUACAAAUCCACGCUGCCAUGCUGGCUCUGGAUAACUUCCAGGUCAAGCACUGUAGACUUCCUAAUAUUGGGUGCUUACAGGAUGCUGAGGUUUUACUAAACCUGACUGAGGAAGUGAAUACAACACUUUUGAACAAAGUUCCUGUAAAUGCUGAGGUGGUGCGCUGUCUGUCUCGGACGGCCAGGGGAACCCUACCUCCGUUAGCUGCAACCGUGGGAGGAAUAGCAAGUCAGGAAGUUCUCAAGGCCAUUACAGGGAAAUUUGCUCCACUGCAGCAAUGGUUUUACCUCGACACCAUUGAGCUGGUCAGGCCUCUUCAGUCUCUUGCUGUUGAGGAGUUUUUCCCUCGAGGUGACCGCUAUGAUGGAUUACGAGCCUGCAUUGGUGAAUCAUUGUGUCUUGAACUACACAAGCUCAGGGUCUUUAUGGUUGGCUGUGGUGCCAUAGGCUGUGAAAUGCUGAAAAACUUUGCUCUCCUUGGCGUCGGAUUGGCAAAAAGCUCUGGAGAGGUUUGCGUCACAGACCCAGACCUCAUAGAAAAGUCUAACCUGAACAGGCAGUUCCUCUUCAGACCCCAUCACAUACAGAAGCCAAAAAGUACCACAGCAGCAGGUGCCACUCUUGACAUCAACCCAGAGCUGCAGGUGGACGCUCACCUAAACAAGGUGUGUCCAGCCUCUGAAAACGUCUACAGCGACUCCUUCUACUCCUCCAUGAACAUAGUGGUUACAGCGCUGGACAACGUGGAGGCGAGGAGAUACGUGGACAGUCGCUGUGUGUCCAAUCAGAGACCUCUCUUGGACUCAGGCACCAUGGGAACUAAAGGACACACUGAGAUCAUUGUUCCAAGCUUAACAGAGUCAUACAAUAGCCAUAGGGACCCCCCUGAGGAGGAGAUCCCGUUCUGCACCCUCAAGUCUUUCCCUUCGGUUAUAGAGCACACCAUCCAGUGGGCCAGAGACAAGUUUGAGAGCUCCUUUUUCCAUAAACCCUCCAUUUACAACUCAUUCUGGCAGUCACACCCUUCAGCUGAUGUUGUGCUGCAGAGGAUGCAGGCGGGGGAAAGUCUGGAGGGAUCCUUUCAGGUCAUUAAGCUGCUGAGCAGACGUCCUGGUCAGUGGAAGCAGUGUAUCCACGUUGCUCGUCUGAAGUUUGAAAAGUAUUUCAAAAGAAAGGCCCUGCAGCUCUUGCACUCAUUUCCUCUGGAAACGAGAUUAAAAGAUGGAAGUUUGUUUUGGCAGUCCCCAAAAAGACCCCCGACACCUAUUGAUUUUGACUUGAAAGACCCUUUGCACUUCACCUUCAUUGUCAGCACUGCCCGGCUCUAUGCUGAGGUUUAUGAUAUCGCCUACUCAGAAAACGAUCUUUCUGAGGACACUGUGAGCAGGAUUCUUUCUGAUGUCAAAAUUCCUGAGUACAGACCCUCAGAGAAAUGUAUAGAGACGGAUGAGACUGCCAGGAAGCCCGACGCGACAAAGAUGCCUCUAAGCAGCGAAGAGGAGAGGGAAGCCAUCACACAACUUGAGCAGGCCAUCGACACAAACAAGGUCACACCAGAAGGAUUACAGAUGAGGCCCCUUGAGUUUGAAAAAGACGACGACAGCAACGGUCACAUAGACUUUGUCACGUCUGCCUCCUCCAUCCGAGCCCUGAUGUACUCCAUCGAACCGGCAGACAGACUGAAGACAAAGCGCAUCGCCGGGAAGAUCAUCCCCGCCAUCGCUACAGCAACCGCUGCCGUGGCAGGACUGGUGGCACUGGAGUUGAUCAAGGUGGUUGGUGGAUUCGGAUUUGAAUCUUUGAAGAACUGCUUCUUUAACUUGGCCAUUCCAGUGGUGGUGCUCACGGAGCCCGCCCCAGUUAAACGGACGCCCAUCAGGAACAACAUCUACUUUACUAUUUGGGACUGUUGGACCAUCUUUGGCCACGAGGAUUUCACUCUCUCCGACUUCAUGAAUGCAGUGAGGGAAAAGUACGGGAUUGAACCAAGCAUGGUAGUCCAUGGUGUUAAGAUGCUCUACGUUCCUGUGAUGCCAGGACAUUCAAAGAGACUCAAGCUGACGAUGCAGAAGCUUAUCAAGCCAUCGGCGGCCCGUCGCUAUGUCGACCUCACCGUAUCGUUCGCUCCAGAAUCAGACGGAGACGAGGACCUCCCUGGUCCUCCUGUCAGGUACCACUUCAGCCCGGAGAGCAAAGCACCCUGACAGCUCCAGAGACGUCGCCCUCAAAAACCUAUGGUGUCCUUAUUUCUCUUACUUCAAGCACUCUGUUAUACUCCACCUCCCUCCCCCCCGCUCCGUCAAGAACAGAAGCCUGGCGGGGACAAGAGUUUUCUCUUCAGGUUUUGAUUUGACUACGGCAAAAUUCCCAAACCCAGCACAACCCCACCACCAUCUCCCCUCUCAUCUCCAGAGCUUCAUACAGCAAGACAGACAGGUUCUUGCUGCACAAAUAGCCAGGGAGUUAAAGCUGCUUAAGUAGCACUUGUUAUUGUACCUCUCUGUACAUAUAUUCUGGUUUUUACUCUGAAAUGCACAGCUCUGCCUGUGUUGAUGCCUUAAAUGAUUUUUGUUUUUCUUCUGAUAGCCAAUUUCUUCAUCUGCCUGGCUCAGUUAAUCCUUCCCUUUGGCACUCAUCACUUCACCUAACUCUUUAGAAAUCAACUGUUGGCCACUCUUGUGUUCAUAGAAACAGAUCAAGCUGUUGUAUAGUUAAAGGGGUCCAAUAGGCCAGUGACAAAAUGACCAAAGAUGCUGACUAUAAAUGUGUCUCCAGAUGAUUGUUCUUUUCGGGCCAUAAAAAUAAUGGUGAGAUCACAACAGUGUUUAAGAAAACCGACCAUCAUCUACACCCUCAUGUAUGUGCUUUGUCACUAGAAGAUAAUUUUACCACAUUGCACUUCAAUCAAACGAUGCAACUGAUGUGAGGAGCCAGAAACACUCAAAUGUAGCUGCUGGUCUUGCCCAUCUCAUUAUUUUCUUUUCUAAUGACUGCACUGACGGUGUCCUCCAUGUUGGAAAGUAAAAUCCUUUGGGUAAAGAUGAGCAGACGUUUUCAUGCUUUGUUGUAAAAAACACAUUUUUCUGGCGUAUAUCGUUCCUCUUUAUCAUUGUUCAUAGAUGUUUUCAUGAGACAUGUAUUUAUUUACUUGUUACAAAUUUUUUUGUGUCAAACUGAGCCUUGUGUUGAUGAGCUCUGUUGAGUCACGGUGCACUGGUUAAUUGUUGGCGAUGAGCUGAAACCGUUAGUGUAUUUACUCCUGUUUUGUUGCAGUUGGAGGCUGCAUCUAAGGACUUUGAAAUUAUCUAUACUGGCUUAUAUUUGAAGGCAUAUCUUAGUGGUCCUGAGUGGAGUUCCAACUUGAUAAAAAUUGGGAGGAUGAAGUCGAAGGUUUUCUGCUUUUUAAUGAAAAUACUGACCUGAAAACAGUUCGGAGAUUGGCUGUUUUCUCAUUCAUCCAUUUAACCUUUUUUUUGUUUUGAACAAGACAUGUCUAUUGGACUUUAUAAGUAUAAGACAAAUUUGUUUUGUUGAGAAAUAAAUGAUGUAUGUUCUUGUGAAAGCCAGCUCAAC